GGAGUGGGAUCUGCAGCAGAAUGAGAUCAGAUAGCAGAUUUACCAAGAGUGUGAGACACGAACACAGAGUGGCUUCCAUGACUCCAAAAUCAGCUGCAAGGUAGUGACUUUUUCGCCGAACUGGUCCCCAGAAGUCCUGUUCAAGGGUCAGAAUUAUUACUUCAGCGCUUUACAAAAGGCAUUUUCUACUUUUCUGUCUCUGGGUAACUGGAUAUCAAUCGAACAACACUUUUGAAGAACAGCAAUAGAAGACAUUCUAAUGUUCUCCUCCGUGAGUAGAGAAAGGGACAUAGACAUGAAGGUUCCCUUUAGCCUUCUACUGUCAUGCCUCAGGAGGACAAGGUGGUUCUACCCAUAACAGAAGAGAAGAGCUAAAGGAAGAGAAACAUGCAGCAGUUUGGCUAAAAGACUGGGAGAUCUGGAAGAAAAGCAAAGCUGGACAACACCAACAUUGACUAGAAACACCUGCACACAAGGAAUCUGCGCUUGUGCCUCAGCUCUGAAGACACCAAAUCUGUGUCGGACGGAGCCGAACAUUUCCUGCGAGCGGAGUCAGUUUUGUAUGAGCCAGGCUGAUAGUGUGAAGCCACGUGGCUGUGGCCCCUGAGGCAUGAGUGUGGGAAGGGCCCACCAGCAAAGCUUUGUGUCCUGUGAGGAAGAAGGCCUGAGACUAAGUACCAUGCCUGCUGUGGGCAGCUUUGGCAACGGCAAGAUUCACACGAGACGCAAAUACCAUGGCCGGUUUGUCAGCAAGACCGGACAGUGCAACGUCCACUUCUCAAACAUGGGGGAGAAGUCGCAGCGGUACAUGUCGGACAUUUUCACAACAUGUGUGGACAUCCGCUGGCGAUACAUGUUCCUGCUGUUCAGCCUGGUGUUCGUGGUGUCCUGGUUAACGUUUGGCUUGGCGUUCUGGGUCAUCGGCCUCCUACAUGGGGACAUGGAGCGUCGCAGUGAGGACGAUGGUUUUAUUCCUUGUGUCAUGCAGGUCAACACCUUCGUGGCAGCCUUCUUGUUCUCUAUUGAGACCCAGACGACUAUUGGCUAUGGUGCGCGCUGUGUGACAGAGGAAUGCCCCGCUGCUGUGUUCAUGGUGGUCUUUCAGUCCAUCAUGGGCUGCAUCAUCGAUGCCUUCAUGAUUGGCGCAAUCAUGGCCAAGAUGGCGAGGCCCAAAAAGCGAGCUCAGACUCUGCUGUUCAGCCACAACGCCGUCAUCGCUUUACGUGACGGCAAGCUGUGCCUCAUGUUUCGGGUUGCAAAUCUAAGGAAGAGCCACAUUGUGGAAGCGCAUGUGCGCGCCCAACUGGUCAAACCCCGUAUCACAGAGGAGGGCGAGUACAUCCCCCUGGAUCAGAUUGACAUGAACGUGGGCUACGACAAAGGCAUAGACCGCCUUUUCCUGGUUGCCCCCAUCACUAUAAUACAUGAGAUUGAUGAAGAAAGUCCACUGUUUGGCAUCAGCAAGCAAGAUCUGGAAAUAUCUGACUUUGAGAUAGUAAUUAUACUUGAAGGGAUGGUGGAGGCCACAGCCAUGACGACACAGGCUCGCACCUCCUACCUGUCCUCUGAGAUUCUGUGGGGCCACCGCUUUGAGCCUAUUGUCUUUGAGGAGAAGAGCCGAUACAGGAUAGAUUACGCCUACUUUCACAAAACGUUUGAAGUACCAUCCACACCCAGGUGCAGUGCGAGGGAAAUGGAGGAGAGAAAAUUCCCAACAUCUGGCGCCAACUCCUUCUGCUAUGAGAACGAGCUGGCCUUCAUCAGCAGGGACGAGGAGGAAGAAGAUGGGAAAGAGGAAGACAGGGAAUAUUCAUCGAUGCUGAGCAAUGCAGUUGUCUUGUGAGGAGCCCAGUGACUGUCACAUGACUGACACGAGGACACCGCGGAAAGUAGACAUUGCUGCUGCAGGUGGAGGACCAGCACAGCAGUCUCCAUCACACAAGCAAAACUCAAACUCAUCACAUUUCUCACUGGAUGAGAUGACAAUGUUCUGCUUCCCUGAGGUGGCUUUUGAGCUUUAGUGAAUGCAAACAAAACAGUCACGUGUCAAUUUGCAAGUCCUACUCAAAUAAAGUGCAUGACAAUAGCAUAGUUUUAUAAUAGACUAUUUUUGAGAAAUGUUUGACAAUUUUUUUCAUCAAGCUUCUUUUUGUAGGUGAAGUUCACAGGCAUAGAAUAUCACGCAUGUGGAGUGAAACUGACAAAUCCUGGGAAUAUUCCUCCAAACUCGUCUGAUAGAUGCGUUGUUGCACAGACGAGUGGAUCUGAUCUUAAUGAUGUAACUUUACAAUGUGAACAGUAAGACUCUAAAUAGUCUACUUCAUCCUUUGUCAUUGUAUAGUUUAGUGUACAACACACUGGAGACUACAUACAGUAUAACUUUGGAGACGCAUGAAAAGUUAGUUAUUAUCCGUUAAAAGCAUCAACGCAUAAUAACAGGGAAAACUAUACUUUACAUUUCAGACCACAGGAAAUAAAAUUUGCCCGUUCAGGUGUGUAUUUUACACUUUCAA